UAAUUAGUACAAUAAAUAAACAAGAGAAAGAAUAAGCAUUAAACUUGACUCUUCUUCUUCUCAUUUAAAACCCCGUAUCUUACUCCCUCUUUUUCUUUGUUAUUUUUCUUUCUUUCUUUUCUUAUUCUCUCUUCAAAAAAAAAAAGGCCAUCUUUAUAUACAGCUUUCUCCUUUUUCUUUUUCAUUCACUGAAACUUUCAUACAAACCAACCAAACUCAUACCUUAUUUCAUUCCUUUUAAACCCUUCUCUUUCCUUCAAGUUUCUAUUUUUAUUACUUUCCCUAACCCCAAAAAAAUUUAAAAUUAAAAAAACGAUCUUUAUUCCUUUAUUCAUAUAUAAUAGCGAUAUCAGAGCUUUAGAGUUGAAUUUUCGAUACUUUUUUCAAAAUGGGUCUUUCUGAGAAGAAGCAGCAUCAAGUAAUGGACGUGGGUUUAGAUUCAGACACGGCCAACAAAAAAUGGGUCAUCGCCGGAAUUCCCUCACGAACACCAUUAAAGCCUAUAUACACCACCAAUAAUCCACGGCCGCCGGCGCCGGAAUCAAUAAGGGGUUCCGAUCAAGGCCAGGUCAACCAUGAUAUUGAGGAUGAUGAGUACUGUAUUUCGACGACACCGACGGGAGAAGAAUCAAAGAUUCCAAGGAUUCUGACGUGUCCACCGGCGCCGAAGAAGAAGAAGCGUUAUUCAUCAAAGUGUAAAAUCUAUGGUUCUUCUGUUAUUAGAGAGUUCUUUACUACGCCUCCAGAUUUUGAAACCGUAUUCACACGCCAUCAUCAUGUUGAAAGGGCUAAUUAAUUAUAUAUAACUCAACAAUUCAUUAGAGUUAGAAAAAAAAACUUUAAUUAGCUUGUACUAAUUAAUUAAGUCCAUAUUUUGAUUUUGGUACCACUUUUUUUUUUUUAAUUUGUAACAAUUAACUCUAUGGAUAAUCAUAUAAAUAUUAUGUUAUAGGCUAAGCUGAUGAUUUUGUUAUGACUAGAAGUGGAAUUUAUAUU